AUGGCCAACAUCGUCAAUGGUCUGGCUUGGUUGCUUGUGGAACAGCUUGAUGGUCCUGGUAGCUAUGGCGCUCACGCCGAGGUUUUGGCAUAUGUUAGUGCGAAUGAUGUACGCUACUCGGCAUUGGUACUUGCUGCCAAUAAAUCUGAUUAUACGGUUCGUACGCUUACUGUCGUCUCUGUCUUGAUUAAAUGUACUGAUAUGCUUAUGCUUCUUAGAUAUUUGCAUACAUCUGGAAGCACAGGAUUACCCAAGCCUCUUAUUUGGAUACAUGAAACAUGCACACAGAUUUUAAAUGCCAAUGGCUGCCAGGCACCCGGCGAAAUUCCUUCCGUAAACACCUUGAUCAGUGGUAAGCGUAUCAUUGUAACGCUACCACCAUUCCAUGGCGCUCUCCUCGCACAACUCUUGGUUGGUGCUAUUCCAUAUGGAAAUUUUGUUAUUGCCCCGGUAGCAUCACCUAUACCCACUGCCCAGGGUGUUGUAGAUGCCCUGAAGCAAUCGCCGGCUGAUGUAGCAAUACUAGUGCCUUCUGUGGUGGCCGAAUCAGCGCAUAAUGAUGAACUGCUUGACUACUGCGCUGCUAAUCUCAAAACGAUCAUUAAAAUUGGCGGCGACCUCCCUUAA